AUGGGAGAUUCCACAGAAGACCUGGAAAAUAAUAAGCCUAAGAUCUUGUGGGACUUCCAGAUCCAGAUGGACAGGCAGAUAUUGGCCAACCGACUAGACCAGAAGACAACGAUAGAUGCAGUGGUGCCAAGGGACAUCAAGAUCAGGAAGAAUGAGGAACAUGAUAAAGAUCCUGAAAGCUUCUUUAAAGUGUUGAUGAAAUUGAAAAAGAUGGAACUGAAUUUUCAUGUCUCUGUCCUUGGAGAAGCCUUCACUGAUGUUCCAGAUAUAUUUUCAGAGGCCAAAAAGACAUUGGAAUCAUCGGUCUUACAUUGGGGCUACUUACCCAGCAGGGAUGAUUAUUUCCAAGUUCUGUGCAUGGCUGAUGUGGUCAUCUCCACAGCUAAGCAUGAAUUCUUUGGUGUGGCAAUGAUAGAAGCGGUGCACUGUGGCUGUUACCCCCUUUGUCCAAAUGCUUUGGUUUAUCCAGAAAUAUUUCCAGCUGAAUAUCUGUAUUCUACACCUGAACAGCUUAUUAAAAGGCUUCAGAAUUUCUGCAAGAGGCCAGAGAUUGUAAGGAAACAUCUCUAUAAGGGUGAAACAUCUCAGUUUUCUUGGGCAGCGCUCCAUGAUAAAUUCAGGUCUCUCCUCACAACAGAACCCAGGGAAGAUUUGUGACAGAUGGGGCGAAGUCACAAACUUGCAGCCGAAAGCAAAACGGGGAGAACUUUCCAGUGUGUGUGUGUGAGUCCAUAUUUACCUGAUCAGAGCAAAAGAAGCAGAGGAAGCUCAGCCUGGCUGCUUGUCAUAGCUGACACAGAGCCAUCUGCCACAAACCUGUGGCGGCUUCAGAUCUCCGAUCCCUGCCACCACUCCGGCUCAAAUUAAAUGCAGAUUCCCGGAGACGUUACGAUGGUUACACAUGUCCUCAGCAUCACAGGCAGGAGACUGAAAAAAUAAAUGUGGCCUGUUGUAUAACUAUGCUCAUGUAUCCCAUAUGUGGUGCCACAUUGAAUUUCCGGUGGAAUUCGUUUCUGUCCUUUGUACUGGAUGACACGGAGCCUGCGUGCUUUCCCUUGGCCGACGUGAUGGCAGCCAAGAUUGCAACUUCAAACAUUUGCUCAAUGGCCAGCUUUCAAUACCUAGACUGCCUGGUUAUCCUUGCAACGUAGUUGUCGCGUCCUCCAAGGGCCACAGGGUCUCAAAGGAGGACCGCUGCCCUCUCUCCAACCCAGCUACCCUAUCUAAUUGGGCAGAUCUCUAGGAAUUAUGGGGAGGUGAAGGCUAGUUUUUGUUUUUUUGGAUUUCUUUCCACCAUCUCUUCCUCCUCUUCUCCAUCCCCCCUCCCCCUGCUUUCCUCCUUUUGCAAAUUAAUGACUCCAUGGCACUGGGGCUUUUAAGUGAAGGUAUUAAUAAGGGGGUCUGGCAGGUGAUCCAUGAUUCCCAGAAUUGCAUUUGCAUUUAAUUAAUCUUAAAGAAAGUGGCAAGAUAAACAGCUGUAAUUCAAACUAGCAUGGGAAAUAUGCUAUAUGGUGUCAUCUAUCCAAUGAACGAAAGGUUGGAGACUUGUUUUUUCUCUCUCUCUCUCAAGGCCGGUGAACAGCAGACAUCACAAUUGUUCCAUGGGGGCAAAAUACAGAUAUUUGUGGGGUCUCCCCCCCCCCACUCCUUGUUAUGGCCUGUUUUGUUAUUAAGUAGAAGGGAUGGGAAUGAGAAAUUGGUACUCCAACUUGCAAAUGGGAGCUUUUCAUUAUAAAUUGAUUGUACUUUGAACAAUGAUAGAGCAACUGCAUUUGUUGAUGUUAAAUGCUCCAAAAUUUCAAAUGUGCUAUAUCUUAUUUUUAAUAAAAGUACCCCUUGAAGUUUU